CCAGCUUUCUGCAACAUUUGGUAUCUUCCUCAUCAUUGUAUCCUUUCCAUUAUCCUUUUUGCUACUUCUAUGACAAGCCACCUCGCUAUUUCUUCUGCAAAAAAAAAAACUGGUUCAUGGAUUUGAUUAAGCUGUUAGUGGUUUCCACUAAGAACAUCACUAGUGCUUACUUAGCUGGACUGAUUCUCAAUUGCUUUAUGCUUGGUGGUUUAAAGCCUUGAGUGACUCUGCUGUGCCACUACCACUUGUAAUAUUGGUGUUUGUUCCACCAUCACAUAAUGAAGAAUCAGCAAGGACUUGGAUAUUUUAAGGAUGGUUUUUCUCAAGAUCUUCCACCACUUUUCAUCUCCAUAACAUCUGAAGGGGUUGUGGGUUUUGAUACCAAUUCCAGUCCUCGGAGAGAUUGCAAUGGGACUGAGGUUGCAUAUAACAGUAACAACCCUGCUACUGUUGGCAGCCCAACACUUCCAGCAACUGAAGGCCAUAAUCGUUCACAUUCUGUUUCAAUUAGCUUGCCAGCUUCACCCUCUGCUAUGUACAUUGACCGGUCUAAAAUAGACAUAUUCUGCAACAAUUCUGAGACAGAAGAUAGCCAUGAGAAGCUAAAGCAUUCAACAUGCACUAAUUCUUCCAUUCUGCCAGUAAUGAAACAUGCAAAGUUCCACUCUCAACCGAUGCACGUUGGGUUCACAUCUGCCAAAAAAUUGGACCAGGUUUUGUCAAUAAAGGAUGAACAGUACAAUUCCUUCAAAACAUGGUCUGGGAAGCUUGAAAAUCAGCUUUCAAACCUGCGCAGAAAGCCUCAGGAUCAGAUCAAGAUCAAUGAUUCCCAGGAUAGAGAAGCUGAGGCUUUACCUGCAGUAGAUCGCUACUUUGAUGCCUUGGAAGGACCAGAAUUGGAAACACUAAAGGCACAGGAAGAGUUAGUUCUGCCUGAAGACAAGACUUGGCCUUUCCUCCUCCGGUUCCCUAUAUCUUCUUUUGGUAUGUGCCUUGGUGUGAGCAGCCAAGCCAUGCUGUGGAAAACAUUAGCCAAAUCAGCAUCGUUGAGCUUCCUGAAUGUAAGCCCGGAUGUUAAUUUGGUCCUCUGGUGCAUCGCACUUGCAUUAAUAUGCUUGGUGGCAACCAUCUAUUUGCUAAAGAUAAUAUUUUUCUUUGAAACGGUAAGAAGGGAGUACUACCAUCCUGUCAGAGUCAACUUCUUCUUUGCUCCAUGGAUCGCCUGUCUUUUCUUGGCCAUUGGUGUUCCACCACAGGUCACAAAGAACCUCCAUUCUUCCCUGUGGUAUGUCCUCAUGGCUCCAAUAUUGUGUCUUGAAUUGAAAAUAUAUGGCCAGUGGAUGUCAGGAGGUCAAAGAAGGCUUUCAAAGGUUGCAAAUCCUUCUAAUCAUUUGUCCAUAGUGGGGAACUUUGUUGGUGCUUUGCUAGGAGCUUCUAUGGGGCUCAAAGAAGGGCCUGUAUUUUUCUUUGCAGUUGGUUUAGCACACUACAUUGUGCUAUUUGUAACUCUAUAUCAGAGGCUUCCAACGAAUGAAACACUUCCCAAGGAGCUUCACCCGGUCUUCUUUUUGUUUAUAGCUGCUCCCAGUGUUGCUUGCAUGUCAUGGGCAAAGAUUACAGGCAACUUUGAUCUGGGUUCAAGGAUAGCCUAUUUCAUUGCGAUGUUUCUCUAUGUUUCUCUUGCUGUUCGCAUCAACUUCUUCAGAGGAUUCAGGUUCUCACUAGCUUGGUGGGCAUACACAUUUCCAACGACUGGAGCUGCCAUUGCAACAAUAACAUACACUGCUGAAGUCAGUAAUGUCCUCACAAAGACUCUGGCUAUUACACUAUCAACCAUCUCCACACUCACAGUAUUAGCUCUUCUGAUCUCCACUAUCCUCCAUGCAUUUGUGUUCCAUAACCUCUUCCCCAAUGAUAUCGCCAUAGCCAUUACAUAUAAGAGACCAAAAUGGAGAAAGAAGCAGUGCUCACAUCAUAGGACACAAAGCUCAGAUGCAAAAGACAUAGAAGCUAGUGUAACUAAAGAUAGUGCAACGCCCUGAAUAGAAGAAGAAGGGCUUGCUCUGUGGGUGCUAUAGUGCAACUCGGAUCUACUUCUCUGCAUCUGUAAAUAAAAAGUUUAUCAGGAUUUGUUUCGAAAUGAGGGAUUCAGAAAUGAAGAUUGCAGUAUAGUAAGUGAGAUUGUAUCGUUUAGUUAGUGUAUUUGUGCUUUAGUGGAGGGCUGCUGUGGAGGCUGGUGGCUCCUCCACCAUGUAGGAGAAAACUGAAAGGACUCAAAGUGAUUCAUGAUUAUGGUGUUGGAAACUAGAGUAGUGAUGUAAAUUUUAAUAGUA